GCCAGAGGACGCACACACAUCAAGACAUCGUCAGUUGAUACUGACGCAGUUGGCCGAGACACGGCCACCGCCAGGGGCCGAAGCAGGGAAACGAUCAAAGAGCGAUCGAGUGCGUGAAUCGCGAGUUUGAAAGCCAGAGCAGGGGACCCGUUUCUGCUUCAGGACCCGCAAUCUCGACGGAUACCUGGGUUUCCAACUUCAUCCGACGUCACGCCACCAACUUCCUCCCGGCUACACCGCUCACCAUCGCGACUAUGUUUCGCACAUCAGCACGCCAGUUGGCGCGCUGCUCGAGGUUGCCAUUAAGGCCAUUAGCGAGACCAGCCUUCCGAGUCGCCCGCUUUCCGCAGACCGCGCCCGCCACUGCCAUUCCAGCCCUCAGAUUCAAGUCGACAAAUAACUCGCAGAGACCCGAAGACGAGCAUGGAGACAAAGAUGAAGCGCCAAGGAAACAGAACGAUGCCGGGAGUGAAAACCAGGCACCCCCCCUUCCGAAACGAAAUCCUCCUCCGGGUUUUGUCCGCUUGACCGAAGAAGAAUACACCGAGCUCAAGUUCUUCCUCACGGCGCUGCCCUCGAAGCAGCAUCGCGCCGAGAUGGAGGAGAUAUUGGGUCAAGUGAAAGAGAUGGGAGUCCCCGAGGAGCUUCGGGAUAUCCUGCGAGCCAAGAUGAACGGGGAGCUCAGCAUGAAGGAUGCUUUGAAGAUCCCCCGGAUAGCUUUCAAGAUGGCUUCGGAAUUGCAACAGCAAAAUCAAACACCAGACUUCAUCUCGAACAAGCCGGGCGAAGACGGGGAGGCUGGUGCUAGCCAGAGUCAGCAGCGAAAGGCCGAAGGGGAGCAGCAGCAAGAGCAACCACGGCAGCAGCAGCAACAGGAGCAACAACAGCAACAGUUCGGCCAACAAGGGCAGAAGAAGCAGAAGGGUGCUCAGCAGCCGCCACCGCCCCGCCGCCUUGACGGGUCCGAGAUAUUGACGUGGGUCAUCAGUGCCGCACUGCUGUACCCCUUCUACUCCAUGUUCUUCCCCGGCGAGUCGUCUCGCGAAAUCACCUGGCAGGAGCUGCGCAAGAAUUUCCUAGACAAAGGCCUGGUCAAGAAGCUUGUCGUGGCCGGGGACCGCGUGCGGGUCGAGCUCGACCGCGACGCGGUGAGGACUAUGUACCCCGAUUCCCAGGCCGCCAACGCCAACUUCUCGUACUACUUCUCCAUCGGCUCCAUUGACGCCUUUGAGAGGAGAUUGGAUGAGGCCCAGCAGGAGCUGGGAGUCCCGGCCUCGGAGAGGAUACCCGUCAGCUAUGCCCGCGAGGGCAUGGCGGCCAACCUCCUGAUGGCAUUCGGCCCAACCAUUCUGCUUGUCGGCCUGCUCUUCUGGGCGUCGCGGCGAGCGUCCGGUAUGGGCGGUGGCUCAAGCGGUAUGUUUGGUUUCGGCAAGAGCAAGGCCAAAAUGUUCAACCACGAUUCGGCUGUCAAGGUUAAGUUCUCCGACGUGGCCGGCAUGGAUGAGGCCAAGACCGAGAUCAUGGAGUUUGUCAGCUUCCUGAGGACGCCCGAGCGGUUCCAGAGGUUGGGCGCCAAGAUCCCUCGCGGUGCCAUUCUGUCUGGUCCUCCCGGCACUGGCAAGACGUUACUUGCCAAGGCGACGGCCGGCGAGUCGCAGGUGCCCUUCUUCAGCGUCAGCGGUUCCGAGUUCGUCGAGAUGUUUGUUGGUGUCGGCGCGUCCCGUGUCCGCGAUCUCUUUGCUACUGCACGAAAGAACGCGCCCUGCAUCAUCUUCAUCGACGAGAUCGACGCCAUUGGCAGGUCUCGUUCUGAGGGCGGCGGUUUCCGGAGCGGCGGCAACGACGAGCGCGAGGCUACCCUCAACCAGAUUCUUACCGAGAUGGACGGUUUCAACACUUCGGAGCAGGUGGUGGUUCUGGCUGGUACUAACCGACCCGACAUUCUGGAUCAGGCCCUGAUGCGCCCCGGGCGCUUCGACAGGCACAUACACAUCGACAGGCCAACUAUGAAGGGCCGCAAGGAGAUCUUCAAGGUGCAUCUGCAAAAGAUCCUGACCAAAGAGGACAUGGACUACCUGACGGGGCGUCUCGCUGCUUUGACACCUGGUUUCGCUGGCGCCGACAUUGCCAACGCCGUCAACGAAGCCGCGCUUAUUGCUGCCAGAGCCAACGCGGCCAGCGUUGAGAUGAUCCACUUUGAGCAGGCCAUUGAGCGUGUCAUUGGCGGUCUCGAGCGCAAGUCUCUGGUCCUCAGCCCCGACGAGAAGCGGACUGUCGCCUACCACGAGGCUGGCCACGCCAUCUGCGGCUGGUUCUUCCGGUGGGCCGACCCGCUGCUCAAGGUGUCCAUCAUCCCUCGCGGCCAGGGCGCGCUCGGCUACGCUCAGUACCUACCCGCCAGCGAUGCCUACCUCAUGAACACCAACCAGCUUAUGGACCGCAUGGCCAUGACGCUGGGCGGGCGCGUCUCGGAGGAGCUCCACUUCCCGACGGUGACGACGGGCGCGAGCGACGACUUCAAAAAGGUGACGCGCAUGGCAACCACCAUGGUGACGCAGUGGGGCAUGUCGGAAAAGCUGGGCCCGUUGCACUUCGAGAACGACCAGAACCAGCUGCACAAGCCGUUCGCCGAGGCGACGGCGCAGGCCAUCGACGCCGAGGUCCGCCGCAUCGUGGACGAGGCGUACAAGCAGUGCAAGGAGCUGCUGAUGGCCAAGAAGAAGGAGGUCGGCAUCGUCGCCGAGGAGCUGCUGCGCAAGGAGGUGCUGACGCGCGACGACCUCGUCCGGCUGCUGGGGCCGCGGCAGUGGCCCGAGAAGGAAGAGUUCUCCAAGUUCUUUGAUAACCGGCACGGCGACAGAGGCGCGCCGCCGCCGUUCCCGACCGAGAAUACCGACUCGCCCAACGAGGCGCAGCCUGCGCUGUUCGAGAGGCCGACUGAGCGUGAGAGGAGGUGAGAAGGUUUGGGGGAGGCGCAAGUAUGAAUAUAUUGCGGGGGUAAGAAAAAGACCAAUUUGGUAUAGAGGGAGAGGAGACGCACACGGCACAACCGUGUUGUUAUCGGGCGUGUCUCUUUGACCCCGUUUCAAAACUUCUCAACUCGUACAUGUCUUGUAUCAAUAGGUAUGGCGCAUGCAGCAGGAGGGCAAAGGAAAGAGCAAGCCUUUAGAAAGAUGGCCGUGUUUUCUUGGUUCUCUUCUCCAUGGUCUUUUUAUUUGUGGUCAGCAUUUUGGAGCCGGCGACUGACCUCAGCCGGAGGUUGUGUAGGACGUGGAUAGAUCAGUUGUGUUCCCUAGCAAGUGUUGUAUUUUACGAUACUCUUGAGGUUGAAUCCCCUUUGUACUUUUGAUAUAAGCUACCUG